UUUGCCUCUCCAUUUCUUCGCCCCAAUUCACCCGUCUCUCUUUUCCUUCCCUUCGCUUCCAAUAAAAACCCCAGCGUUGUUAAUUAUUACGGCGUCUCGACCCCAGCGCACGACAGCUUCCGCCUCCUUGCCAAUCUCCGCCCUCAUCUUCUCCUCAGAAGCCUUGGAGCCCUAAUUCCCAGCGCGGCAGAGAGGGCCGGAACCCAAGGGAGGCGCAAUCCGAUUAGGGCCGACUCGGGAAGAUGAGGAACCGCCGGGAACGCGCCCUGACGGAGCUCUACGACGCCACCGAGAGGCUCUCGCGACCGGAGAUCACGCCAAUACUUCAAGGGACUUGCCGCAUCCAAGGUCCUGUUGAUGAGUGUGACUACGGGCCUCAGAGGACGGAUUCGGGAAAUUUUCUACUUGAAACUAAAUGCUUAAACAUACUCGAGGAUCACCACACUAGAGCAGAACCUGGGACAUGCAACGUGUGUUCUGCUCUUUGCUCUUCAUGUUUGCACUUUAACCGACUUUCACCACCUAUGGAAUCAAAAAUUGAGGGUGGACCUUCUGGUAUCUCCUCCAGAAAAGAAGAUGAUAGCUGUUCUUAUAUUGCCACUAGUAGUCAUGUUGUUAAGAGCAGAGUAUAUGAUAAGCAAAAGAGUGCAUGUAGUGAAACUAGUCAUUUAUUAAGUUCCAGUUCAAGUCAUGAUUCUUCUAUUGAAAAUUCUGAAAUUAAAGAAACAUUUAGAGAAUCAGUAGAACAUGAUGCAUCUGAGAAUGUUGUCAUCAGUUCAAAGGUCACUUUAGAUACAGUUGAAGAUAAUAACUACCUUCAAGAACAAACUAGUUCCACCCCUGGUAGUCCUUUUUCGUCAAAUGGCAGCAAACCAGCUGAUUUGCAACAGGGGAAAACUUCAGAUAUUACUGAAGAAAAACAUAGACGACAGUGUCCUUUAGAAAAUGAUUCACAUGUUUAUAAAGAUGCUAAUUCUGCAAUUCAUUCUCAUCUUGGGGAAUCAUAUGACAAAGUCAUCUCCAGAUCAACAGAUGGUUUGCUUGUUAAGAAUGAUGAAAAGGAAAUUCAGAAAGAGGCUGCUGAUGACUGUAACAAUAGUGAAGUUGAAGAGGAUAAGAGGUCUGAAGGAAAUGGAAAUUAUUCAGUGAAGAUUAGUGCCACUUGUAGUCUUAGAGAUGAUAUCUUGUGUCAGAAGGCUGAUGGUAUAGAAGACCCACAUUCAAGUAGUAAUACAUCUCUAAAAGCGCAAUUAACAGAUUCAGAUUCAUUGAAGAAGGGAAGUCUUACUCAGUGCUCUAUUGAUGAUGAGAAAUUUCCAAUAAACAGGAAACUGGUUGCUGGUAAUGUUGAUGUGAGAAAGGAUAUUGCACAUGGAACUAGCAAAGAAGAUAAUGGAGAGAGUCAGCCUCAGUUAGUUUCUUCAACAGCUGAUGUAUUUUUGGGAACUGAAAAGGGUGAUAACAGUAGGUUCCAGCCUCAUGAGGAAAUAAAGGGCAUCACAGAUGUUGAGCAACCUGAUAAACCCAAGCCGACUUCUCCGAUAUCAUGGCAGCCAUUGCAACCAAACUCAGAGUGUGAAAUUUCAGCAGAAAUUGAAGAUGAUGUAAAAGUCUGUGACAUCUGUGGAGAUUCAGGUCAGGAGGAGUUGCUUGCUAUUUGUAGCAGGUGCAGUGAUGGUGCAGAGCAUACUUACUGUAUGCGAAUAAUGUUGGAUAAAGUUCCUGAAGGUGAGUGGUUAUGUGAAGAAUGUCAACUCAAAGAGGAUGAAAAUCAAAUGAUAGGAAAAUCUGAAGCACAAUUUGAAGCAGUAGAAGCACCAUGCUUAGAUACAGACAGACAGAAUAUUGAAAGCACAUCAAAAAGUUUGCCUUGUGUAGAAAAUAAGGCAGUUGAUCCAGACAUUAAAAUAGAUAAUAAAGAACUAGGUAGCUCAAUUUCAUCUAAGAUGAAGGGGGAGAAUUCAGAGGCUACUUCUGUUACAAAGGAAAAAAUCUUUGAAGCAUGCAGUCCUUCCACUGGGACAAGCAUUCCAAGCAAACCUAAUCUGCUAUCACAUGAGAACUCCUUCAGCAAACCUGAUUUUGUUCAGGUAAAACCAUCUGCCUUGAUUACAUCUUGUAGUCAGUCAGAAGGUAUCUCUCGGCCUGUUGCUCACUCGAAAACGUCUUCUGAUCCUGAUGCAUCCAAGCCACAUGCACAUAUUGAGCCACCAAGAGGACCUCUAUCAAAGUCAGUUUCUUUUAACAACUUAAAAGUGCCAAAAGUAAAACAGUUGCUGGUGAGUAUUCCUCAGAAUAAAAAAAUGAUAAAGGAAUCUAACUCAAGCAGCUCAAGAAAAGGACCGUCACAAACAAUCACAAAAUCUGCUUCAUUUAGAAAUGAGAGUUCAAUCGUCCCCAGUGUCAAGACAAUGAGCAAGUCGCAGUCACUUAACUCACCGCAGCCUGAUAAUCCUAGAGGCGUGCAACAAGCGAAAGAAAGGAGUGUAGUAGAUAAAAAAACUUCUACAGCCAAUUGCCGCUUUGUCAAUCCUUCAGUAUCUGCCACCAGUGUUUUUUCUCCAAAAAUCAACUCAAAGGUUCAACAGUAUGAUGACAAAUUAAAAAGGGCAUCUGAUUCAAGCAAUACUGGCAACAAUAGGGUUUCAAUUGAUGCAACUAGUUCAGCUAAUGAAGUGAAGCAGCAGCCGUCAUCAUGUCUUUCACGAGCUUCUGGAAGGACAUCUUCAAUGAGAUUAUGCAAGAAUGAAGAUCAAAAGCUUUUUCAACUUGUUCCCAAGCCUGCAGAACUGACACAUAGGGAUGAUAAAACCAAGGACCAUACCUCUUUAAGCAACUCUAGGCAGGGUGCUUCAGUUGGCGAUCGAUUGCAACAUUUCCAAAGGUGUAAAGAAACAGAUCAUUCAGCACAGUUCUGUGCUGUGGACAAGCUUCGCAUGUCUGCCGUGAAGCCUUCUUCUGAACAAAGUUUAAGGGAUAUGGAUAACAGAAGCAUCAAGUCGAAAGAUGCAGUCGAGGUGUUGAGUUGGAAAUUUGGAACAAAAAGAAGUGUUAGAUCACCGGAUCAAUCUGAGGAAGUUUCUUUGUCCGGUACUGAUGUAAAUUCGGAAUCAACAUCUAGCGAUUUUACAUCUAAUUUUUUAAGUUCUGGAAACCUGCCUAUGGUGGAAGGUGCUGCUGAUGUGCACAAUUUUAGCAAAGCAACAAAUUCCAUCCACAUGAAGCAGAAAAUGGAUGACCAUAAGAAAACUAUAAUUUGUUCUAGAGAAGGAGCAUCUCUUGAUGCUGCAGAUGACCUGAACAUGAAGCCAAUCAUACAAAUCUUGCUUGAUCAAGCUUCGUUUCCAACACAUCCAUUAAAAGCUUCAGUAAUUCCAGAGCUCGAGUACAUUUGGCAGGGUGCUUUUGAGGUGUUGAGAACUGCCAAGCCUCCUGCACUUUUUGAUGGCAUUCAGGCUCACUUGUCGGCUUAUGUCUCACCUAAAGCACUUGAAGUGGCAACACACUUUCCUUGCAAGGUCCAACUGGAAGAAGUACCUCGCCUAAACUCAUGGCCUUUACAGUUUUAUGAAAACAGCCCCAAAGAAGAAAACAUUGCUCUUUUCUUCUUUGCUAAAGAUACUGAAAGUUAUGACAAAUACUAUUGGAAGCUGUUGGAAAAUAUGCUAAAAAAUGAUUUAGCUCUCAUAGGCAAUAUAGAUGCAGUGGAACUUCUUAUAUUCCCAUCAAAUGUAUUGCCAGAGAACUCCCAACGUUGGAACAAGUUAUUUUAUCUUUGGGGUGUAUUUAGAGGAAGAAAUAAAAGAAGCUUCACGAACCUGCCUGAUCUGGAGAAAAAACCUUCUAUUUCCAAUUUGAACUUGGAACCUACUGUCCGUGAUCUGCCUACCCCAGCUGUUUCUGGACUUUGUAGCUCUAUUGAUAUAUCUGAUGAGAAUUCUCAGAAGUUGUCAAGGUCUGACAGAUCACCCAAGGCAAAGUCAUCUAAAUUUGGUAACUGCAUUGAUCUUCAGAAUAUUCCAACAUCAGGAGAUGAGAAUGAGGUUCUCAACUCAGAGCAGCCUCUUGUUCAGAAGGCCUUUCAUCAGGCCAUUGCUGAUGAUAAAGUGCUAACAGAGCAGGCUUCAUGCUCGCUUCCUGCAAGCUGCUCAUUGAAGAACAUCAGCCAGCUUCCUAGUGUCACUAUUGCUUAUCCAGAGCCAAACCCUCAGAUUCCUUGUGCCCCUCUUGCUUAUCCAGAGCUAAAGCCUAACAUUAAUAGUGGCCCUGUUGGUUAUUCAGAGCCAAAGCUCCAGAUAGACAUUGAACGAUUGCCUAUAGAAAUGGAAAAUGAGCCCACUAGCCUGGACAAACUUGCUAAUGAUUUAGACAGCAAAAAUGAUUCCGAACAUCAUGUUCAUGCCAGUGGUACAAAAAUUAGUAACUGUGAAGACCCAGCAUAUUUGUUUUCAUUAAAUUGCUGUCAAGGCAAUGAAACAGAUCUUCAGAGAAUCAAGCAGAAAGAGAAUUUUAUAACGAGUGAAGUUGUUUUGUACAGUCAACGAUCAGAAAAUGUUGUACAAGUAGACAGUCUUAGCUGGGAAUCAAAGCCUAAUCGGAAACGUGCACAACCCAGCUCAGUGGAAAUGAUAAGAAAUUCUGCUGGUCAUAUGUUAAAACCCACUGCUGAUGCAAUGCAGUGGAAAGACGAGGCAAGCUGCACAUCUUUGAGUGCUGAGCAACACAAAAAGACGAGGCUUGAUAAUGGAGGGCAUGCUGCUUGUAGACUUAAGGAAGAAACUCUAAGCAGUAAAUUAUCUUCAAAGAUACAACCUUUACCAUCUGGCUUAAUAAAUGACAGCGUCUACCAUGAGAAUGUAUCUGAAAGCUUAAGAAAUGCUGAAAGAUACUUCCCAAUUGAUUUAAGCCGUGCAACAAGUGCAAAGGAAGACAAGUUAAUAUAUGUUCUUUCUUCGGAUGAUGAAGAUUCACCUGAAUCUAGUGCCCCGGAUCUUGAAUUAGCUUUGGGGGGAAACAGGGGACCAAUAAAACAGGACACCUUGCCUUUGUUAUCUACACAAGUUGUGCAGGGUAAUCUAGACAAGAUGCCUGCUACUGCAGCGGAUGAUGGUGAUGGUUCAACAGCUUUGCUUUCGCUCUCGCUAGCUUUUCCUUCUUCUGAUAGGGCACAGACUGCCAAACCGAUUUCCCAGACACAGCAACUUUUGCCUGAUAAGCCUUGUAUUAACACUUCUUUGCUUCUUUUUGGUGGCUAUACAGAUUCAGAGCACAUAUAGCUUUCACCAUGGUUUAGUGUAUAAGAGAAGGCUGACCAGUAUCUGGUUAUUUGGGCUCCAUUGAUAUGUUCCAUUCUUCUCCCUGAGAAUGAAGAGGCAUGACAAUAUCAGCAUCAUACUUCAUCCUUGAGCCAGCUGGGUCCACUAGAUGUACUCAUGGUACAUAUUUGCUUGCUGAAGUGUGGUUAGUUUACUACUGCUCCACUUCCCCUUCCUGAUGCUAAUUACCAGAUUGGAGCUUUCACUGUCUUGUACUUACAGCAUUGGACAAUUAUCAUGGGCCCUAGGUGCAGCAGAUAACUCAGAACAAUACCUGAAAAAGUACAUUAGAGAGAUUGAAGAGUAAAACAAAUGAAAACCAGAUAUCCAAGUACUUAGCUGAUCUGUUAGUUUCACUUUGUUGUCCUGCUUCCAUUCUACCGACUGCAGGUUCGAUGCAUUUAAAAUGUCUUCAUGGCCGGUGAGAUGAAAACCUCAAUGGUCUUUUGAUGAGCAAUGGAGAAGAGACUCUUCACCACCUUAUGAAACAACAGCAUCAAAUCGUUCCUUGUUAUUAGUAAAUCUAUGUCAUGUCGACCGUCAACAAGCAAAUCUCAAAAGUCAAAAUCGUGACUAUAUAGAUGACAUGUGUAGUUCAAGAACAUUCCCACAUUGUGAUGUGUGCCUCGUUGAUUCGAUGAACAAUCAAUGAUGACACUUAUCACGAAGACACGAUGAAUUCAAAGUCAUAAUCUCCAAAAUGCUUAAAUCCAAGUCGCUGAUGGAAUCUCGAUUUCCAACUCAAACCACAGUGGUCAAAUAUAUUGGCGCAGUGCCUGUGGACCCAAACAUCGAAUUAGAAGAGAAGUAUCGUCUUCGCUCACCAGUAGCAGCCCCUUCAAGUACCGCCGCCGCCGGCUGCUGGCACGAGACGACGACGACGUCCAGUAAGGAGGGGGGCGGCUUGGUGGGUCAUGUAGCAGCGCGAUUCUUGGCGUCUCGCUGCCACUCGACCACCUCUCUCUCUCUGAGAGCCACUCCAUCGUCGUCUUUUUCCUCCGCCGCCGCCAUGUCUGUCAACUCAACUGCCGUGAUCCUGCAGGUUAUCCUCAAAUUUUCUUCAGUACCGUCUCAUCCACGUCGCCAUGUGAGAUGGAGUCUGAUCGCAUUUGCAGAUAAUGACUGCUGCAACGAUGUCACCACCGCAUCUUCUUUCCAUUG